CACCGUCACCCGUAACGACCGUUCUAAAAUUCGUCGACCAGAUUAUGUCUGGCAGGUGAGUUGCGUGACUAGGAUCUCGAUUUGACAUCAUGCAUCCUUGACUUGAAGCCAUCUUUGUUUGCUAUUGGCCUCGAGUCGAUCAUUCAAGUAGAUCCAAAAUGAAGGUUGCAACCCUGCAGUUCUUUCCACGUUUGGGCGAAGUGGCAGCGAAUUUCAGUCGCGCAGAAAGCCUUUUGAUGAGAGAAGAAAGAGAGGGCCUUCUCCAGGAUAUUGAUCUCUUAGUUCUCCCCGAACUUGCUUUCACUGGCUACAAUCACCCUUCUUUGGCAGCCAUUGCGCCUUUUCUAGAACCCACUGCUGCUGGACCGUCAACAAGGUGGGCAGCUCGAACUGCCAAACGACUGAAAUGUACCGUUGCAGUCGGCUAUCCCGAAUCAGCCGAAGAAGGGAACUACAACACUAUCUUCGACAGACAUAUCACGGCCGAAACCGGCACCGUCGCGUACAACUCUCUGGUGUUCGUCAGUGCUAGUGGAGACGUCGUUGCCCACUAUCGCAAGUCUUUUCUCUACUACACGGAUGAGACCUGGGCUCAAGAAGGCUCGGGUUUCUGGGCUGGUGUGUUGCCAAUAGGAUGGAAGGGUCAGCAGGUCAAGGCUGCAGCAGGAAUAUGCAUGGAUGUCAACCCGUACAAGUUCGAGGCGCCUUGGACAGCCUACGAGUUUGGUAAUCACGCGAGGGAAUCCCGUGCGAAGAUUGUCGUCAUUAGCAUGGCGUGGCUCACGAGGCUGAGUGCCGAAGAGAUGUCCAGUCAAGUGAUGACUCCGGACGAGGACACCGUCAACUAUUGGGUCGAUAGACUCAGACCUUUGUUCGGUCCGCAAGGGGCCGACCCCGAAGCCAUCAUUAUUUGCGCGAAUCGCACGGGCGAAGAGGGCCUUAGUCCCAGAAUUGGCGAGGUACGGUAUGCCGGCAGCAGUUGUGUCAUGGGUAUGAAGAAGGAGAACUCGAUCAGGAUAUGGGAUAUCUUUGGCAGAGCACAAGAGGGUGUCCUCUUGGUGGAUACCACUAAUCCAGCGAAAUACGCGAUUAGGCUGGGGAUCAAGGCUGAGGACAAGGACUCGACCGUAGACCAACCUGUGGAGUGAAAACAAGUCUCGCGAUGCAGAAGAUGCAAGACGAGACUUAUAGUCUCUCAUUCACAUUUAGGAUCACACCAGGCAGAGGCUCUUAACAGCACUCACAGGUCCCAAAAGCAGUUUCACGCAAGCCUGAGCGGGGACCCUGUCGUACACCCACACAUGAUAGCCUUGCCUACACGGCAAAGUUAUGUCUCAAAAGGUCUGUCACAUGCACGAGCAUAUCGAGUACUCCACCACUAUUUGUUGGUUCCCAGGGACUGUUGCCGCCAGCCGGAGACUUGUGGGACACACACGCGCCCAGAAUAAGACGCGGGUGUGUCAGCCAUCGACUACAUAUGCAGCACAUCUGGGAACAAACUGCAGUAAAUGGAGGGGUCAGCAAUGAAAAGCGAUCAUGAGAUAGGUCCCUGGGUUUGAUGGAUGGUGGUCACAUGCACAGCCUACUACUGGGCCUUCUUUUUGUCUGACGGCGGAAUUGUGUGUAAAUCGAAUGGUGCCAUUUGGUCAGACAAAUUUCUUUUCACGGGCUUUCGCAAAAACAACAACACUUGGCGGAAUAUUCGCCGCUUAACCAUUAUUGUAUUAGUUGGAUUUCGUCCAGUC